AUGGCGACUCUCGCGCCUGAUGCAUCCAUCGAGGAACUUGAUGAUGAUCUCCAACUGCAUCUAGUCAUCCUGCAGAGUCUCGAGGAGCAAAGGCCAGAUGCAAUCGAAGAAAUACAGGAAAUUCUCGGCGUUAUUCAAGAUCUGCAGACGCGCCUGACGAUACUUCGUGGGGAACCCCGAACCCCUGCCGAAGUAAACCCGCGGUCGACCCGUUUGAGUACUUCUUACCCAGAUUUGGCGCUGGCACAGCUGGACGGUGCUGGCGACGUAUGGGAACCCAUGAGCCCUCCUCGAUGGGGGAGCUCUGCUAUGUCCCCUCCGAGACAGCCGCCUCAGCCUCGUCUGCGGCAGCAAUCCAGCGUAGGUGGCUUCCAGGAGUGUUGGUCUCGAGAGCACGCACAUGGUGAUACUAAUGGCAUCAAGAAUCCGGGGUCCUAUGAUGAUGAUGACCUGGAUCGGCCGGCGAUGUCUUCUAGUGCAAGUGUUGCAUCUAGCUCUGCCAUAUCCCCACCCAGACAGUCGUCGCACUCGCGCCAACAGACCGGUGCAGGCCGUGCAGGCCGUUCGUUAGGAAGUUUGGCUAUUCGAAAACGUACGCGGGAUGAUCUUAGCUCGGAUGGGUCAGUACCAUUGCACAAACGGAUCUCAAGCAACAGACGUCCGUCUACUUCAAGCACCGCGUCUGCUCACAGUCAAAGGGAAGGCCAGCCAGCAGAUGACGACAUCGAGGGGUUGAGACGCCUUUUAGGCCUAGACAAUGACGACACGCUACGAGCGCUCCAGGAGGAGCAGAGACAAGCGGAGCAAUGGCUUGAGGAGCGAAGGGAACAGGAGCGCCGAGAUGAGGAGUAUGCUCGUAUGCUCACAGAUGGGCUGUAUGAACCGCCCCGUCCAGCUUCUGCUCGCAGCACUACCUCCACGCACUAUUCAGGAUCCUCCAUUCCUUUCCCUCCCGAUGGCCCAGCGACAAACCAGCGUGAGACAGAAACACCCUUCAAUCUCACUCAACGUCGUUCUGGCGAUAGGCAACCAUCGGAGCUCUCCCAUCCAUCAAAUGGGAUCUCAUCCUCUGGUCCAGGCCGUGCGGGAGCACAUCAUCACCCUAUCGUGACAAUUGGCGACAGUGAUGAUAGUGAUAUAGCCGAGAUUACUCCCCGGGAUUUCCAGCAUCAUAGGGCAGCGUCUAGCAUUCAUUCAGCUCGAUACUUAGCUCCCAACUAUCGGGCUGGUCCAAGUUACUCCCCCAACCGUCAGGGCCUGGGACCUCGUUCUCCGGGAAUGCUACCUCCAACUUCAGAACGUGGUGCCAUGUUUAUUCCUGGUUCGGUCUAUGGGCCCAAUGUCUUGCAAAGUACCAUGGCAAGGCUUAAUGCCAGCAGACAGAUGUUGGAACAUGCAGGACGAUCGAUUGUCGAGGGGUUUUCCUCCUACUUUUCGCCGUCCGGCUCUUCCAAGCUUCCCGGUGGGUAUCCUUAUGGCUACGAUCCCUCGAUGAGUCACUACUACAAUGAUUUUAAUGAGCCUGCCGUGGAUCCCAAACAAGUCAAUGAAGAGAUAAAACAACUGCUGGAAACAAUUAGGCCCGACUCUGAACUCGCUAAGGAAAAGCGUGAAGGCACUCCCGAAGCACUCAGGUAUACUCUGCUGGAGCACCAGAAGUUAGGCUUGGCAUGGAUGAAGUCAAUGGAGGAGAGUGACAAGAAAGGGGGUAUUCUCGCUGACGACAUGGGCUUGGGUAAGACCAUACAAGCCAUUGCUCUCCUGGUGUCCCGCCCGUCAACAGAUCCAGAGCGGAGACCUACUUUGAUCAUCGCCCCUGUUUCUUUGAUGCAGCAGUGGAAGCGGGAAAUCCAGAAAGCUGUGAAACCUGGCAGGCAUCAGCUCUCUGUCUAUGUCUUACACGGAGAAAAGCGGACAGUUGGUUGGAGAGAUUUGAAAAAUCAUGAUGUGGUCCUUACUACAUUUGGAACCUUGUCCUCGGAGUUGAAGCGCAGAGAAAAGUACGACGAACUACAAGGUUCUGGUGCAAAUAAUGAGGCUUCAUGCAGGACUUUGGCGAAGAGUCUACCAUGUCUUGGGCCUGGCAGCACAUGGUACCGCGUCAUCAUUGACGAGGCUCAGUGCAUCAAAAAUCGGAGGACGAAAUCUGCCCUUGCCUGUUGCCGCCUGAAUUCUACCUACCGCUGGUGUAUGAGCGGGACGCCCAUGAUGAACAGCGUCGAAGAGCUACAGUCGUUGUUGAGGUUUCUUCAAAUUCGGCCUUAUUCCAGUAUUGACCGCUUCAACAAGGACUUCACAACACCACUCAAAAGUGGGAACGAGGAGAUGCGUGGAAAGGCUAUGAAACAGCUUCAGGUGCUCUUGAAGGCGGUUCUUCUCAGGCGGACCAAGACAUCGAAAAUCGAUGGCAAACCUAUUCUGGAGCUCCCCCCAAGGGUUUCAGAGAAGGUACAUGCGGUGUUCAGCGAGGACGAACAGGCGCUAUACAAUGCGCUUGAAAGCAAGACCAAACUGCAGUUCAACAAGUAUUUGAAGGCCAACGCGGUGGGCAGGAAUUACUCCAAUAUUCUUGUUCUGCUUCUUCGACUCCGACAGGCAUGCUGCCAUCCGCAUUUGAUGACCGAUUUUAGUGUGGAGGCGACUAGCAAUACAGACGAGGUGGACUUUGUCGCUAAUGCCAAAGCAUUCAGCAGUGACGUGGUGGUUCGGCUCAAAGAGAACGAAAAUCUCGAAUGUCCCAUCUGCAUCGACGCAGUCGACAAUCCGAUCAUCUUCUUUCCUUGCGGUCACAGCGCAUGUGCUGAAUGUUUCUCAAGGAUGACGGAUCCAUCGGUUGCUGUUCAGAGAGGUGAAGAUGGCUCUGUCGAGAUUAAGUGCCCCAAUUGCCGCGGCAAAGUGGAUCCUAAGAAAGUUACCGACCAUCAAACUUUCAAGAAGACUUACUUUCCGGACUCCGACGAUGGUGACGAGGUUGGGCUGCUUAAGCCUCUUGUGGAGGAAGAGGAAAAUGAUGAGAGCGAUGACGAUAGUGACGAUGAUGGCAGCCUGUCUCGAUUUAUCGUUGACGACGAGGACAACGAAUCUGGCGCGGGUUCUUCCAAGAAACCCAUGAAAAAGAAGGGAAAGAAGGCCAAGAAGACCCGAAAGACGCUUGCGGAGCUGAAGAAGGAAGCAUCUAAGAACCAAAAGUCAAAGAAGAAGUACCUUCGUCGACUGGAGAAGACUUGGGUCACCAGUGCGAAGAUCGAAAAGACUCUUGAGAUCCUACAGGAGAUCGGGAACCGCGAUGACAGCGAGAAGACCAUCAUCUUUAGCCAGUUCACCUCGCUGCUUGACCUGCUCGAGGUCCCCAUCGCUCGUCGGGGCUGGGGCUACCGCCGCUACGACGGCAGCAUGAAACCCGCUGAUCGUAACUCCGCCGUCCUAGACUUCACUGACAAUGCAGACUGCAAGAUAAUGCUGGUCUCUCUGAAGGCCGGCAACUCCGGGCUGAACCUCGUUGCAGCGUCUCAGGUUAUCAUCUUCGAUCCAUUCUGGAACCCCUACAUCGAGGAGCAGGCCAUCGACCGCGCUCACCGUAUCGGGCAGCGACGGGAGGUCCAGAUCCACCGAGUUUUAGUGCAGAAAACAGUCGAGGACCGUAUCCUUGAACUUCAAGACAAGAAGCGCGAGCUCAUUGAGGGUGCGCUGGACGAGAAGGCCUUGAAGCAGGUGUCCCGCCUGGGUACCAGAGAGCUGGCGUACCUAUUCGGCGUCAACUAG